AUGCGUCUGACAAGGUUCCUGCAUGGCUUGGCAUGGUUGGCUGCAGUUGCAGCUGUUCCAUCAUCACUCGAGAACAGUGUUGUACCGUAUGGAUAUGCAAGAAAUGGGACAUACUAUGGCAUUAGUGUUCCUGGACUCACUCAAGACCUGUUCCUAGGCAUCCCGUAUGCUCAGCCACCCGUUGGAGACCUUCGUUUCCGUCAUCCCAAGUCUUUGAAUAGUACAUUCACGGAACUUCGUAAUGCUACCGAGAUUGGAUACACAUGCCCCGGUUGGGACAACACGACCCUUUAUACUCUUAAUGAGGACUGUUUGAAUCUGAACAUUGUGCGACCUUCAAGUGUUUAUCCUGCUACUGGACUACCGAUUGUGGUCCAACUCUACGCCGGUGCCGGACAAAUGGGUUCCGCUGCGAAUCCGAAUGCUAACUUGACUUGGCUUGUCCAGCGUUCGGUCAAAAUGGGUCAGCCGAUUAUGGGAAUUGCCCUGAAUUUCCGCAAAGGAGCUUUUGGAUUCUUAACAAGUCGAGAUGUUCAAAAUGCGGGAGAAUUAAACGCUGGAAUUCGUGACGUGCGUAUGGCACUUGACUGGAUCCAAGAGAACAUCCAAGGUUUUGGCGGAAAUCCGGAUGAAGUCACACUGAUGGGUCAAUCCUCUGGUGCAGACAUGGUGGCCUGGCAAAUGUUUGCAUACGGCGGUGAGGGAAAGCCUCCAUUUAGAGCAGCAAUACAGAACAGUGGAUCGUCAAAUGGCAUCGCAUCAAACUCGACAGAUUGGUACCAACCAAUGUACGAUCAGCUCGUAUCUAGUGUGAACUGUACAGAAUCUUCUGACAGGCUAGAUUGUCUCCGAAAGGCACCAUACGAUGCUCUGGCUGCUCAAAACAUCAAGUCAUUUUUCUUCGCUACUGUUGAUGGCAACUUCAUACCAGUUGCUGGUGGCCGAGCCAAGCAGCUAGGGAAGUUUCAUAAGGUUCCGCUUAUGCUAGGUGGAGGCCGAGAUGAGGGUACGGGUUUUGGAAUUGAAGGAUGCAAUACAGAGGAGGAUAUCAUAUCUCAUGGUCUUCUCUAUGGCUCUGGAUACCCCAUGUCCAAUGCUACAUGGAAGAAGGUUUUCGAACUUUAUCCAGAUGAUCCGGCCGAAGGUCUUCCGGCUGGAACCGGCUCAGAACGCUUUGCAUCACACGGUUACAUGUAUAAACGUCAAUCGGUUAUUUCUGGUGAUGUUACUUGGAAUAGUAAUGCACGGCAGGAUGCCCGGGUCUUUUCGGUAGCUGGUGUGCCUGUUUACAAGUUCGUCUUUGCCACGCCUUCUUGGUCCUCUCCAACGACCCCUCCUGCUGCUUACUUGGGCGCGUCUCAUGUGGCUAAUUGGCCUUUCACCUUUAACCUUCCUGGGAACGAUACUGAUCCGUGGAUUGGUCCAGGUGAGGCUCGAGCCCGCCUUCGAACAAUGGCAUCAUCUAUGACUGUGGCUUUUAUUGCAAGCCUCAACCCCAAUAAUCACGGCCAACAGUUUAUAAACUGGCCUCAAUACAGUGCAAGGGAUGCCGGUGUGAACUUUGUAUUUCACGCCAACGGUUCAUAUCUCGAGGAUGAUGAUUUCAGAAAGGAGGCUAUCGAUUACUUGAUUGAGACUCAGGCUGAUAGAGGACAGUAA